AUGUGGUUAGUUAGCCAACCUAAUUCUGUGAUAUUGGAAGUCAAGGUGGAACCCAACUCCAUCGGACAGCAAUGCUUAGAAAAAGUAUGCGAAAAGUUGGAAAUAGGCGCUGAAGCUGACUACUUUGGUCUCAGAGUCUGUUCAGGAUCUGGACCAGGUAGAUGGCUGAAUCUCCGAAAUCAUAUGGACCCUCACCGCAUACCGAGCAGACGACUUGACCUCCGCGUCAAGUUCUGGGUGCCUCCCCAUCUCCUCAUCAACGAGCCAACGCGACACCAGUUUUACCUCCACGCAAAAUUGGACCUUAUUGAAGGCAGAUUAGUCGUCGCCGAUCAAGAAGUCGCUCGGCGUAUCAUUGCGUACAUCGCGCAAGCGGAAACCGGCGAUUGCGAACCCGACGCACCAACACAUGUGUAUGACGAAUGCCACAAAAUAGGCCCCGUCGAGAAGCCAGACGACCACAUGGCCAAAAUUAUUGAGUAUCAUUGCGAAAUAUCAGGAAUGAGGGCGUCACAAGCCGAAUACAGAUUGCUCAAAGAGAUCUCAAAACUGGAAUCUUUUGGGGAGGAACUAUUUUUCUGCAAACCAGUGACACAAAAUAACAAUGCUUAUAACUUGUACAGUCAUCUAUUGUAUCACAGACAGCAGGCUGAGGAGCCCAGGGCUCGAGAUGAGCAGGAGAUUGAUGGGGGAGCUACAGUAGGUUGUUUGGCGAGUGGGCAAAGUGUGGGCGGUUGUGGCUGUAGAUUGAGCACGUGCGUGGGCGUGGGACCUCACGGGAUCGUUGUGUACAGACCAGCGUGCAACGGUGAACAGGAGAUCGGUGUGGAAAAACAGAGUAUACCCUAUACAGCUAUCCACCGUGCACAACCUCUUCGCCGGAUGUUCCAACUGUCAUAUGUCACGGGAAAAGGCAACGAAGCGACUUUGCACGUCAAGAUGGCGACUUCCGGCCAAGCUGCAGCGUUAUACCGCGCUGUCACAGAAAAACACGCCUUCUUCUGCUGUGAAACCGUACGAACUGAUGUGACUGAACAGUUCAUUAGAGACCUAAAGGGCACGAUAGCGUCCAUCUUCAACGACUCGUCCACCCUCGGGCGGCGCUACGUGUUCGACAUCCGGCGCACGUGCCGCGAGGUGCACGACCGCGCGCGCCGCGACGCGCACGCCGCGCGCCGCGCGCGUCCGCCCGCGCACCAGGAGCCCCGCUCGCGCUCACGGUCGCGCUCGCGGUCGCGGUCGCGCGGCGACGCGCUGGCGUGCCGCGUGUGCAUGGACGCCGCCAUCGACACGCUGCUGCUGCCCUGCCGCCACGUCGUGUGCUGCGCCGCCUGCGCGCCCCGAUGUGAGCGCUGUCCUUUGUGUCGCGGCGAAAUAGAGAAACUCAUGCACAUAUUUCUACCGGUGGAGUUCCAGAAAAGUCCCGGGGUCAUUAUAAAA